AAACAUCAACAUAGUAACCCGGGAAGAAGAAAGGAGGUUUUGGAGAGGCGGGUGGAAACAUUUUUUAGAAGAAUUCUUACAGCUAACUUGGAUUAGCCGUUUGAGCAGAAUCUGAAGCAAUGGAUUAUCUUUGCUGGAAAAAGUUGGUUGUUUAGUUGCUGUAUAUCUCCUGGCUACCAUUGAUAUAGCUAAGCUUAGCCGGCUAACGCUAACGUUAGCAAACAGCUCACUCAACAAAAGUGAAGGAGAGUUCCAGGGAAGUUGGGAGUUUCUUCUCAUCAUGAAGACAUCAGCGUAAAUGUGGACUCUUGAACAUACCGGAUCAUUUCCCUAGAGGUGAAUGGGAGAGAUGAGGAGCAGCAGGAGGACUGAAGCGUCUCUUAAAAGCUCUGCUCAACUGUUUACUGAUCACAAUAUUGCUCCAGAGCUGACAGCUGCAUGGAAAGGUCUGACUCAGUCAAAAGCUGCUCUGCGACACAUAGAAAACUGUUUAGAGGCCACUCCAGGAACUGGGGUUCUACUGGACUCUGUCUCUGAGGCCCCCAAGAAGAAAUCUUCUAAAAGAGUCCGACACAAAGAUGGACAAGUUGAUGUCCUUGAAGGGACUUCAAAACCCACUGGUGGAAAUCAGCAGAGUCCAGCAAAAAGUAGCUCUCGCAGCCCUUUGAGGAAUACCACCCAGGACAGCAAUGUACGGAAGAACAGCAGCGUGGAGUUCAGGGAACCUCUUGCCUCGUACAGAGAGGCCACCCCUCCUUCACGUCCCUUCUCUCAGCUGGAGGCCUACAAUCUGCAGUCUGUGCCAGGGUCGUCCUACACAUCCUCUCCGCCUCAGUCAGAUCCUCUGCCCAGCCAGAUGGUUUACCAGAGAGACACCAGGGACAGACAGACUGACAGGGACCUGGACAGCACACGUUCCUCUGCUCUGGAGAGUGCAGAGGUUCGCUUCCUCAAUGACCAGUCAGCCCUGGACAUCCUAAAAACAGAAGGAAACGCUCACAAAGCACAACUUAGCAUGGAUGAAUCAAGUCCGUGCACAGCUCCCACUCCAGGCUCAUCACGCCGUGGGGAGAGCACUCCUUCCACUAGUCCUGGCUCAGCUUCGCAGCGAUUGGAGAACCUAAAGCGACACCAGCCGGAUGAUAAACUGGAGAAGCUCAAAGCGCGGAUUAGAAGGCAGAGGAAACAUCUAGAGGAGGCUGCAGAGAGGGAAAAACUGCAGGGUCAGCUCGAAAAGCCGAAAGCUGCUUUUGUCGAGAGUGAGAGUGAUGGUGUCACCACUAUGCCCACAGCCAAGAUACGCAAAGUAACAACCGGACCUCCUGCACCCAUAUACAAAGGUUUUAACAGCACUGAGACAAAGAUCCAGACCCCUGAUGGGAAAGUUUGGAAUGAGAAGGACUUCCAUAACCUCAGCAGAGAACUCUACAGAGACACUCAUCAUUGUCCUGAGAGCACCGGGUCAAAGCAUCAGCAGCAAAGAGAACGAAGAGCAGAAAGAUCCAGUGAGAAGAGGCCAUCCAAACCUGUCAGGAAGGUUCAGAAAGUUCCUCUCGUCUCAGACCUGAAUUCAAAACCAGCAAUUAGCCCUGCAUCAUGGCGGGAGGGUCAAAAGCUAGUAAAGAUGGUCCUGGGUCCAGGUCCUGGGCUUCCCAGGGAGGAGCACAGUUCUCAUCCAGCUGGGAGACAGACACGAGCAGAUUCCCAUCAUCGUUCGAAAUUGCAAUCAGAACCAAACAGAAGCUCUCGCCCAAACAGCACAGAGAGGCUUCGCAGUGGAUCUAAAGAGCGACCCACCAGCCACUCUUCAGCCACAUACAGGCCCUCAUCUGCAGCUCAGGAAAAGACCCAGCUGAGAGUCAGCACAGACCUGUUGUCAGCAGAUAUUCAGGGGAUUCUCGAUGACCUUCAGCUGGAUCGCGAAGUAGCUGAGAAAGACGAGCGGGCCCGUAAAAGAUCCCGGGGUGGCAGUGUAAGUAGAAGAGGAAGAGGGGGCUCAGGUUCACAAACGAGAACACCGGUCUCUACUUGGGGAACUAGUGCAGCUGCAAAUACCUCCUCAAGGGGUUGUCGAAGUGCCAGCCCAACUGCACGCCAAUCGGACACCAUCAACACUUCUGAUAAAGGACACAAGAGGCGACACUAUGAUGCAGACACAGUUCGACAAUACAUUGCGCGACAACAAGAGGAAAGAAAGAGGCGUCAGGCAGAAGAAAAGAGGGAAAUGAAGGAGGAGGCAGAAAGGAGGUAUCAGAGACUGCAGGAACUCUACAGGAAGCAAAGAGAAGUUGCUAAAACUGUACCCCCUUCAGCAGAGGCACUUAUGGCCCCAGUCCAAAAGCGAUUACAGGAAACAUACACCAAACUGCUCCAAGAGGAUGCUCAGCUUAAUGAGGAGGCAACACAGAGACUGCCGCUACCUUCCAGUCAAAUGAGACCUGUGUACCAGCCUUCAGGAGAGUCAGACAAAGAAAACAAACGACAAGAGGUCCCACAGAGCCCCUCAAGUAGCGAUAAGUCUUUAACUGAUCCGCCACCACCUCCAUUAUCCAGGAAUGACCUGGAUGUAGACGUCAACUCUUGGCUUCAGCCAGACCGUCUGCGGCCAGCUGUUCAACCCACUUUUGGUCCCAGCAGCAGCACACAAGCACCUUCUAAUGAGCAUCUCCUAUCUCAGCUUUUAAGGCUGGAGGCUGCUGUGGCUGCUAGUAACAUCAAGUUCAGCGAACGUCCAGCCACAGCCCCUUACAGCAGAUCACAGACCAAAAUGUCCCGAAUUGAAGCCAUAAAAGCCACAGCUACAUCACUCUCCAACCGCAUCGAGCUGGAGGCAAGGAAGUUUGCUGGACAAGAGAUCAACUACGGUGCAGCAACGUCAGUGGAUGUUGACACUAUAUUGGCUCCUAGACCUAAUCUUGAUCAGUGCUGGACAGAAGCAGUUAAUUAUGCCACGAAUAAUGAUGAUACGACUCAUCGGAUGUAUACGGUUCCAGCAAGUACAGGUCAUAGUUCAUUCAGUGGCACAGCACUCCCAGGAGCAGGCAAUCUGCACGACCUGAGGGAAAAGAAAGAAAAGAGUCACACUGGUUUCACCAAUCCACAUACAAGUCCUGCUGAUGUAAAUGUGCCAGCCUACAAUGGUUUUGCUCAAGAAAGAAGUAGGAUAGUCUGUGGGUUGGAGAAGAAAGAGAGAACAGAAAACCAACCAAUGACAAAAGCUCACAAGGAAGACGGACAGGCCGAUUUCCACGAUUCAAGUGCCGGUUCCAUCAGCGAGGGUCCGAUUCUAAGCGAAGGAAGUUUUUCUGAGGAUGAGGCAAGUCCUCGUCCCUGCUCUGAUAAUCAUGUGCCUCUGUCAGAUCUCCUGGAGGCAAAGGACUAUUGUGCAAGUCAAAGGAAAAAUAAGCAAAGACUGUUGGAGUUCCAGAGGGAGGCAGCAAUGUGCUCACCGUUUUUACAGCUUGACAGCAGCAAACCUCCCUGGGAAGAGCUGAACAAAGGAAGCCCACUAAGUGUAAUCAACAUUUUUACUAAGAAUGUCCACAGCCAUGUUAAAGCGAGUGAAAGAAAUUCAGAGAGAAAUUCUCCCCAUGCCAAUUCUCCACACUCUGGAAACAGUCCAUGUAGUGCAGCAGUUUAUGAAGAUGACUUUGUUUCAUCUCAAAGCAGCAAGACAAGUGACCAGAGAGGCUCCAACUCACCCAGUCGUUCGCAACAUCUUUCUUCUGGUUCAACACCCGGCUCCUCGCCUCAUUCCAGGCACUCGGCUAGAAAAAAAGGAACAGCAUCAGACCAGAGUGACGCAACUCUUGUUGAAGAACAGAGGAGCUCUCCUCCUUCAGAAGCACUAUUUUCAAAUGGUAAAAAGAGAAGAUCAGACAAAAGCCCCAGCCCCACCCAGGCCAAAAGUGUUCACUCUAAUGACACAUCAGGGGAAGCAUCAGGACAUUCUUCUCAAAGACACAAUUUGGCUUCUCCAUCUGGCUUUCCACACUCUUCUUCACCAGGAGCAGAUUCUCUCAGUGAGCCUUUGAGAAGUGGUGCUUUUGGUGUAAAUAUUCCAAACAUCAGCACCUCAGUUUACAAUGGUGGAGCUGAGUCUAGGCCCACAGGUGAGCUGCAGUAUUCACCUGCUGUCUUACAACAACGAAUGUCAGCAGAGCUUCAGUACCUGGAGUCCAUUGAGGAGUCAAUCAAGCAGAUGGGAGACAUAGAGAGACUAAUGGGUGUGUCCGUGGCACAACAGGAGAGUGCAUCAUUGGCUCAAAUGCUCAAGGCUAAGCAGCAGCACCAUGAGCGUGAACUUUAUGAGUUGAAGAUCAAGGCUGAAAGAGAAGCUUUUGAAACAAAGCUGCAGCUGGAAGAAAAUAGACAGAGAGUUGCCAGGGCUCAUUUGGAACUGCAGGAAAGCUUGGCAGCAUCACAAAAAGAGUCUUUGGAAGGCCUCCAGGAAUCAACUUCUAAAAUGAUGAGUCAACAGGCUGAAGCAGCAAGACACACAGCAGAAGCUGCCCGACACAUUAAAGAGAUGACAGAACUUGCACGGUCCCAGAUAGCAGGAACUUUGAUAAUCCCAGCUGUUAACACUGAUUAUGCUUUAAUGGAUCAGCGGAAAGAACACAGGAACUCAAAACCACAGGAGGACAAAGCUGACUCUGACAGUGAGUUUUCGAGCCGAAGGACCAGGUCUGAAGAACAUGGUCAAUCUGACUCAUUGUCUUACAAAAGGCCAGACCACAGUGUAUCUGCCUCUACCAGCAGCCACUACAGCCAAUCACAUGUUUCAUCUGGUCCCAGAGAACAGCCAAACAAAGAGGCAUCUGCAGGGAAGCAGGGUAGUGGGGUUGCCAAGAAAAGGCUGGAAAUGGAAGAAGCUAGCAGCUCAAUUGAAGAGGACCUUCCAUCGGCAGCGAAUGGCUCGCUCUGCAGUGAAAGCAUCCCCUCAGUAGUGGAUGAAAAAGACACUACAUCAGUGGCCACAGAAUACUCUUUGAAAAUGGAAGAAUCCAUGACAGAGGACGAGAUAGAGGAGCGCUCCUUCCGCUCGCUGCUUCCAUCUGAAGCCCAUCGCCGUGGAACUAUGGAGAAGAAGUCGCGCCACAACCAGGAAGCAGACGACGACAGAGCCAGUCAUAAUGCAGCAUCGGUGUCAGAGACGGGGUCACACAGUACCUUUAAGUCCUACAACGCCCAUAUAGCCUUUUCAGGUGGACAGGACAGCUUCUCUCAGUUCACUAUGGAAAUGGUGCGGCAGUAUAUGAAAGAUGAGGAGGUAAGACUACAGCACCAGAGCUCUCUGCUACAUCUUCGCCAGAAAGCUCUGAAGGAGAAGACCAGAGCAGAGCUAGCCUGGCUUGAGCACCAGAGGAAGAAGCUUAGAGACAAGGGUGAAGAUGAUAAAAUGCCACCAAUCCGUAAGAAGCAGAGGGGACUUCUGAUUAAACUACAACAGGAGCAGGCUGAGAUCAGGCGCCUCCAGGAAGCCAACAAAGCAGCUAGAAAAGAAAGGCAGUUGUUGCUUAAACAGCAGGAGGAGAUUGAACGAAUGAGAAACUCAACACUCAGACUGAAGGAGCGUCUCAAGAGUGCUGGGGGACAAACUCCACCUGAAACUCCAGCAUCAGAACUCCCAGAGUCCGAACCAGCCUCUCCUAACAGCACCAUGUUCAAAGAUGAUAUACGAAGCCCCUCCCCCUCGCUCUCCAUCUCUGGAAGUGAGACCAGCAGCAUCAUGCAGAAACUGAAGAAGAUGCGGUCUCACAUGGAUGAAAAGUUCCUUACCAAACGCGAGCAGCAGUUGAUGCAAAGGCGUCGCCAUGCUGAAGAGCUGCUACAGUGGAAGCAACAGCUGGACCAGGAGGAGGCAGAGGUCCGUAGGAUGGAGAAAGAAGCCAUGGCUGUGUGGAAACAAAAGAGAGCUCGAGACAAGCCUCACGAAAGGCCUGAGAGUCCAGGGAAGGAGAUCACUGAAACUGGCUCACACACAGGUCACCACCAGAGCUUUGAGGCCACGUCUGACAGUGAAAAAGUUUAUUUUUCAGAUCAUAUAAGCGAGGGCAACUGUUCCUCGGUGACGUCCGAAUCGACUAUACACACAGAGGGAGCAGGUUCUCAUCACGAGGGGAGGCCAUCCCCAGCCAAACCCGAUUCAGUUUCUGAAACACCUUUGGCUUUGGUCCAAAGCAGCCCUGCAAGUUACACUCAGGACUUCUCUUCAGAGUCACAGCCACCCAGCAGAGAACCUUCUCUCCUCAAAGCCAGCCACAGCCCUGCUGCUUCUCCUGCAGAAGGCAGCAGUAAAAGCAAGAUGCAACUCCAUCCCGCCUCCUGGACACAAAGUGAGGUUAUCACUCAACCUCUCGACUCCCCCACAGCCACCCAGUCUGAAAACAUCUCAGACCAGAGUGACAUCGAAGGUCGGAUCAAGGCACUGAAGGAGGAGCUCCGGAAACGAAAGCUCAUGGCCUACCAGCUGAAGAAAGAGCAGAAGAAGCGUCACAAAGAGAGGCUGAAAGCACAGGAGGCGAGCCUGUUGAAACAACUUGAGAACUAUGACAGCUUCAUUGAGAAAACAAAGGCAGAGCUGAAUAAAGAGUUGGACUCGACACCUGAUUCCAAACUGGUUUUGGAGCAGUCGUCUAUUAAAUCCCCUCCACACAGGUCUGAAACCAACAAAGGUCCUGAUUCUGAAAGGUCACUAUCUGAUGCAUCAUUUGAACACAUAGAUGCAUUCCCUCAGGCUAAAAACACCAGAUCUACUUCUAACGCUUCGCAUGAAGACUUGUCCAAUAAGGAAGCUUCGACUUCAAGAGUGCCUGUUCAUAGCAGAGCAGAGAGUGAAACACUUGAACAGGAGAUGCCUGCAGAGUCUCCUUUCCAACUUGCUGAAAUAAAACACGUGACUGACCAAAGAUCUGAUAUCGAGGAAGAGUUGGAAGUUGAAGAACGCUUCAAGUCUGAGGAUGAACAUUCUCACCAUCUUCUUAAACUUGAAAAGGAAAACCGUCUCGACUCCCAGGAGACGAUGACGAAACAUGUUUCCUCAAUCCUGGAUGAAGAACAUCAGCGUUCUGCAUCUGUCAGGCCUGAACACGACACACAGAUGAAGCAUAACCUAAUAUCUAAUGUGGAGGAAGCUGUAAUAUCAAAAGGCUCUGGUGAGCCUCAUUCAGCUGCUGCUGAGUUGGAAACUUCACCGCACGGGAGUUGCACGUUUUCUGCCAACGACUACUCUCACUCCCCUGACUCAGCUCUCUCUUCAAAGAAGAAGCCAAGCAUAAAGGACAGUGGAACUUCUCCUGUAGCAGACAGUUAUUACGAUGACUUUGAGUCAACACGUUCUUCACCAAGAGAAGAUAAUGCGUUCAAGCCUGAGUCUCAGGUCUCCUCUUCACAUACUGAGAUCAAACACUCGAGUAAGGACUCCUCAAGCAGAGAGCCCACAUUGGACAUUCAAGAGGAGGUGGAGAUGAGUAGGCAGUCUGGUGUGAGUGAAGAAAGCCACCAGUCUGAAAGACUACUCCAUCUCAAUCAGCAGAGGGAAGAUGUUCAACAUGAUAAUAAGGGUACUCACUCUCCUCCACAAACUCCUCCUCCUUCUUUAAAAGACGAAAUGCCAAGUUUUGGCCUUGGAGACCGGGUUCUUGUUGGAGGUGUGCAGCCUGGUACUCUCCGAUUCAAAGGUCCAACCAGUUUCGCCAACGGCUUCUGGGCCGGAGUGGAGUUAGACAAGUCUGAGGGGAGCAACAACGGCACCUACGAUGGGGUGGUGUACUUUAAUUGUGAGGAGUGCCAUGGUAUCUUUGCUCCUCCAGACAAAAUCACACAUCUCCCAGACAAGUACGACCUGGAUGCUGAUACCACAGAGGACGAGGACUCGUUCUAUGAUGAUUUGUUUGAUAAAGGUGGGAGUAAACCGAAAAAAAUUCAAGAUAAUUCCCAAAAUCAAGGAGACCUGGAAAGUAAAAAUGAAGAUACGUUUCUAAAGGAGAAGGAGUCUGGAGAUGCGGAGGUGAUGGGUGAGACGAAUCAGGCUCCACUUGAAGAGAAACCCCCCCUAAACUCACAGCAUCACAAAGAAUCCACACUUCUGGUUUCUAAUGGCAAAACAGAGGAUAUAAUUUUAGAUUUAGAAGAUGCAUCGCACACCUCCCUCAUCUUAGACGUGGAUAAAAGUGGGCUGGUGAACAAGGAGACAACAGCCAUCAUCGAGAGGAAUGAUGCAGAUUCUAAGGAGCACUUGAGUCCUCAUGGUCUGGCCACAGACAUUAAGGAUGAGAGUGAACCAAAGGACCGAGAUUUGCUGGACACAUUCACAGACACGCUUAUCAAAAACUUUGUGAGAGACGCUGUCGAGCAGCUUGCUGAAAUAAAAAAGUCUAAAGAGGAGAAGAUUAAAACAGCCAACCAGCUGAACGGAGACUUGUUUGGUGAAAAUAAUGAGGAGGACAUCUGGAUCUCUUCAAUACAACAAAAAGAUGGUCUUCCCUUCUUUCUUCCUUCUGAAAAAGAGGAGCUGUCCUCUCCAGAGCUUUGUAACAGACCAGAGAGUCCCAUGUUGGGAGCCAGUGGUCAAGAAGAGCUCGUAAAGCGUCUGGCGGAGCUCGAACUGAGCCGCGAGCUGGUAGACGAGUUCGGUGACGACCAGGACUGGUUCGAUGAGGACUUCGGCCUCAGCUCGCGUAGAAAACAGCAGAGAAUCAAACAGAACGAAGAAGAGGCAAAGCUGGGUGGGGAACUCGGGAGGUCUGGCUCGUCAUCAGGACCACUUAUGGGGGAGAUCAUUUCAUCACUGGGUGGGGAAUCGCAGGUGAAAAUUCCACCUAGGCCGGAGCUACCGCUCCCUUUGCCUCCCAAGCUGCCUGAGCAGCCUGCCAUGGUCGUGCCACACUCGGCCAGAGAGGUGGAGAAAAUGGUCCACGCUGCCACACUAGAGAUCUGGGAGAGCUGUGAGCUGGGGAGGGAGGGAGCUCUGGCUCUUGAACAACCGCCAAAGCCUACACCUUCUGUAGAGUACCUCGGUAAAGAGUCCAGCAGCCAAGACCAGGAGUCUAUCUCCAUCCGCAGUUACAGAAAGGCUGUUUAUGAUUUAACAUGGGAGAUACUUCAAGAGAUCUAUACUCAAGACCCCGACACUGAUCAACCUCAGUGGGUCAAACCACGUCAAGUCAAAUCCUCUUCCAUUCACAAAGUCAAGACAGCUGGUGAUAUCAACAAAAUACAGGAGUUUGUCACAGCAGAAAUACUGAAACUGUACAACCUGACACAAGAUCAGAACCAGAAGAGCGACUGGCAGAAGAUGCUCAAGUUUGGCAGAAAGAAGCGCGACAGAGUUGAUCACAUUCUGGUACAGGAACUCCACGAGGAGGAGGCCCAGUGGGUAAACUAUGAUGAAGAUGAGCUGUUCGUCAAGUUGCAGCUGGCAGACAGCAUCUUCGAUGCUCUGCUGAAGGACACUGCAGAUGCCUUCACGCUCAUUUCUGCAAAGAGAGCCAAAAGAGGCCUGCUCUCCUGACAGCGUGGAUUUUCAAGUACAACAUUUCUCAAUCCCAGUUUUUCCUCAUCGCUGUGAAAUCCAAACAACCACACGCACCUCUUCCCUCCACCAGCUCAUUUCCCAACAGCAACCCUCCGAGGCCUUCACUCUGUGUUUCGUCUCUUCCUAACAUCCUGUAACACUGUCUGUAGCAUUCAUCGGCUGAUUUAGCAUCAGUGACUCUUAGUUUUUCAUUUGUUUUGACAAACACAACACCUCUUAAGCAAUCCAGCCUUCCUACACCUGAACAGCAUCUAGUCGCAGUGCUGACCUCUUGAACUGGUCUCUUUAGAACCACCAGCUGGAGACGGUUAGACGUGUUGAUGGGAUGGAUUGUGCCAUCAUUUGUAAGCACGCGAAAGUCUGAGUGCUGCUAAGCUGAUCGUUCCACUGUGGACUUGAUAUAUCGCAUUCAUGUGGAACAUCAGCGGAUUCCUAAAGUCUGUGUUGAAGCUUUUUUGGAAACCUAGGUUUGAAAAUUGAAAGAAAAGAGUGCAAUCUGUUAUUUAUUUGAUGUUAACAUAUUUGGCUUUCAUCCCCAUAUUCAAGGAAGAAAUGAGAAUCCUGACUUUUUAUAGCCACCAACCCAUCCUGCUGUAUGGAGUUUGCAGAUUUGCCAGUUUGGAUUUCUGUCUAGACUUUAGCAAAUACAGCACAUGCCCCGUUGCACUGAGGUCAGACAAUUUACUACUAAAGAUUUUAUAUUUGUUUUCAGCAAGAUGCUAAUUGGCAUUAGAUUCUUGCUUUGUUUUGGAGUUAAUCUAAAUAAUGUAAAGUUCAAUAUGGACAUGAAAAACCUAUUCGUUAAUCAUCAGAUAUGGUGAGAUUGCACUGAAUCAUAAAUGAGUUCAAAUUAGUAAAACAUUUUUGCAUCUUAAAUUAUUUAUUGUGUGGAAAAUGUUCGAUCAGAGGAGAAAGGAAAUGAUCUCGUCAACGUAUGAAAAGGUAGCUUUUAAACUUUGUAUAUAGAGGGAAAAAAUCUAAAGUUAUGGUUAAAGCACAAAGUGAAAUGUGAAUAUGAUUAAAGCAAUACAUUAUGAAUGAAAUCGGAGAAAGAACAGGGAGAAAAUAUUUCGGUCUUUAGCGCUUUAAAUGUUAAGAAUUAACUGAAAAUAUCUGAUUUUUUUUUCCCUGGCCGCAGCUGUCUAGUUGUUUAAAACAAUCACUGUGUCCCACUUGUGUACUGUAUGUAACACUGUACACAGUUUUGGGCUGAAAACAGUCUCGGCCUUUAAUUCCUCCGCAAAGUCUCAGAAAAUAGAUUUUAGUGAAAAGGAAACUAUUUUAGUUUCAUCUACAUUGUUGAAAGAGUUCCCAGUCUCGUUAUUUUUUUAAGUGUCAGCGUAGCUCAGAACAGUGACAGUGUGCGAGUGGGACACAGAGAACCGGCAGUCGGCUUUACUUGAUAUUUUAUAAAGAAAUAAUGUAAUCGAACUGAAAUGCUGGAUUUGAGUCUUCCUUGACCUACAGUUCAUUUACCUCCUCAGACCACAGAGAACGUGUUUCUGAUUUCUUUAUUACUGCAGAGCAGCAGUUCAUGCCCUGAAACAACAGCAACACGACCCACGCGCUGCUGAAAGUUGCAGCGAGCGUUACGCUGCACCUCGUUUGUAUACUCGGACUUUAAAGGUAGUCUUUCUCCAUGUUCCAUUUAAGUGCCUCUUUUACUUAUUUUUGAUUCAUAAGUUUUAUUGAGCUCAACAUCUUUUGGACCUAUUUUCCUUGAAUGUUUCAACUUUUCACCUGCUGUAUAUACUCGUGAAAUGGCUGCUCUCCCUUUUUUUAACCAGUUUUUCAGCCCUCAUGUGUCUGCCUUAUCCCCUUUGUAAUAAGUGAAAGUUAUCUAAAUUGUCUCGUUUUUGACUCAAGUCUAGAUAAAUGUUACCUCCUGUUUGUCGAGUCACCUGUGCGUUUGCCCACGUCCGCACAGCUGAGUCAUUUUUAUUAACGUAAUAUGAGGAACUAGUUUGUGGACAGAGCACACACACACACACACACACACACACACACACACACACACACAAGUGACUCUGGGUUGCAGCUUGCACAAAGCGAGCCACUGAGCGGACGUGGCUGAACACGGAGAAUUAAAUCCAAGGGCUUAUUUAUGCUCACUGUCAGUGCUGCUUUGACCCAACAAAACUUUGUGCACCACACAAACUCACUAAACCUCCAUGACUGUUUAGAGCUGAAGUGACCUUAAACUGACUCUCUUUUUCUCAGCCAAUCUGUUUUUAGGGUGUAGUUUAAACACCUUUUUUAAAAAGACAGUUCCAAUAUCUCUAUGCUGUACGACUCAACGCCUGGUUUAAAGGCACGUGAAACUUCGAUGGUGACAUGAUGAGAAUGAUUUUCUGCAAAGCUUUAUUGAAAAUCCAAGAAUUGUCCCUUUAAAUUGAUUGUAAGGGUGAUGAAAUUAAGUUCCCUCUCUGUAACUAUGCAGUACCUGCUCACUUGUUAUUUUUUAACGAGCGGACCAAACGGCUUCGGGCCUCGUUUGUAAUUAUUUUUUUCUUUUUUUGUAAAUAAAAUUAUUGUCCUCAUAGCUUGGAGCUGUUCAGUGUCAGAUGGAUCAGCUUUCUUCAGAGAAACUGGGCAGCUUCAAUUAAAAAAAUUAAAAAAGGUUUGCUUAGAAUAAAAUAAUUUAAAAAUGUAGACAUAAAUUAUUUAUCACAGACUUAAUUUCCCUCCCUUUUGAAAUAUUUGAAUAUUUAAUAAUAAUGUUCUGAGUGCGUUAAGCACACUUAAAGAUUUGUUUAAUUCUUUAAUGGGUGUAAAUAUUCUGUUGAUCCGAUUCGACCCACUCUGUCUGUAACCCAAACAAUCUUUGUAAAAAUAAAACAUUGUUUACCUUGCAAAUAUGUACAUAGUAUAUAUUUGUUAACUAAAUAAAAUUUGAAAGUGUAAAUAAAGUUUUUGUUGUUUGUA